UAUGAUAACAUUGGCAAAUUUUGAAGAAGUUUUGUCAAUGUUAAGCAGUGUGGCCAUGGAAGGAAGCUUUUUUCUGGAAGAGUUCCCUACAUUUUUAUCUGAUGCAGAAAUAGAAAUCAAGUCCAACACAAAGCAUUGGAUGGAUAAAGUAUUCAUGAGCAAUGGCUUUCGUGUUGAAAUGAUUAAUCAUAAAGGAGUUUCUGAAAGUUCAAAAGAAGAAUGUGCUUCAGCACAUUACAGGAACAAGCUGGCUGUUGCUGACCAACUGAGACUUUCAGAUGAUCAGGUGACACAUCUUCUCUUCACUACAAAUUUGUCUUUCCUCGGCCUCACUCCUUGGUAAAAAUAUACACUAACUUCUCCUAA